AUGGGUCAGUGCUUCUCCGACACGCGCGCCACGGUCGACUUCCACCAGGAAGAGCGGAUUCCGGACAUCCAGCGGAACGGGUGCUGUUUCUCAGACGGGAUCGGCCGCGUAUCACCGGACCUCGCGGACGACAUGGCGCGCGCGCUGGGCCGUCCCACGCCAUCCGCAUUCCAGAUACGCUAUGGCGGGUACAAAGGGGUUAUUGCUGUAUAUCCCCCCUGGGCAGGCCAAAAGCGGCUGGGCCUGCGCAAGAGCAUGGAGAAAUUCAAGAGCGCGGACAAGAACCUGGAAGUCAUAACCUGGUCGCGUUUCCUGCCCGCGUUUCUCAACCGCCAGAUCAUCACCCUGCUCUCGACACUAGGCGUGCCGACCUCUCUCUUCCAGCAGCUGCAAGAAGACAUGGUGUCAAAGCUGGGGGCGAUGAUGGAAAGCCGGGCGGCAGCCCUCCGGUUGCUGUGCGCCACGUGUCCCGGGGACGGCCAGUGGACGGCCAAGAUGAUGCUGGAGGCGGGCUUCGACCCGCGCGGGGAGCCACACCUGUGCGCGAUGCUGCGCGCGAUUCAGGCGGACCAGCUGCGCGAGCUGAGGACGCGCGCGCGCAUCUUCGUGCCCAGAGGGGCGUGCCUUCUAGGGUGCUUAGACGAAGACGGCGUGUUGGAAGAAGACAAAGUGUUCGUACAGCUCAGAUGGCCGGAAGAAGGCGACGGGCUGGCGGGACAUGUACCCACGUGGGUCAGAACGUCGAAGGGCUCGAUCGCACCAAAGGUUCUCACAGGCGAGGUCACAGUAGUAAAGAAUCCGUGCCUGUGGCCGGGGGACGUGCGCAAGCUGACAGCUGUCGACCGGCCCCAACUGCGCCAUCACAUGAACACCGUCGUCUUCUCACAGAAGAUCCUUCCACCCGCUCCAGAGUUUGAGCUUUUCACGGCAGGGUGCUCGCCCGACCCCCAGCCUGCUGUCGGACGGCGAUCUGGACGGCGACAAGUUCUUUGUCUUCUGGGAGCCUGCGCUCGUGUUCCCGGGGGAGAACUGGCAGGCCCUGGACUCGCCCUGGACUACCGACCGCAACCACCCACCGUCAAAGACAAGGUGUCCGUCGAAGACAUCCAGCACUUCUUUUUGGAGUACCUAGUCAACGACAGCUUGGGCCUCAUCUGCAACGCCCACGUGGUAAUCGCCGACCGAGACCCCCGGGGCGCAGCGUCCGACCAGUGCCGCCAGCUGGCAGCCCUGGCGUGUACAGCUGUCGACUACCCCAAGACAGGGCACCCGGCCGUCUUGCCGCGGGAGCUGCGAUCGGUACAGUACCCCGUCUUCAUGGAGAAGGAAGAUAAGCCCGUGUAUCAAUCGCAGAGCGUCCUGGGUCAGCUGUACCGGGCAGUGAAGGAGAGAACGGCGGGGGGAGGUCUAGAGCUUUCCGGUCCGAGCGCGGGAGAACUGGUGUUGGACGGAGAUCUAGAGGUUCCGGGGUUCAAGGAGCACUUGGACGAAGCGUGGAUUGCCAAGGGCUUUUACGACCAGGAGCUGACUGAGAGCAUGCACAAGUAUCGGAUCGAAAGCGAGGUCCAGGUGGUGACGGGCUGCAUCGGUUCGAUGUCGACGUUCCACCGAGUGAAGCCCAUCAAGAUCAAGGAAAGGAUCCGGGAAGCAUUUGGUGCCGUCACUAAGAAGGCGCGGGAGGUUUUCGAGUACGGUCUCGGGGUAGUGGACCGAGAGGAGCCCCGCCCGGAAGAGAGAAUAAGAGAUGAGGAGCGGGUGGCGAAAGCGUAUGCGUAUUACUACGUGACGUACAGCCGGGAUUGGCGGGAGCGGAAGAUUGCGGAGGGGGAGGUCGAAGAGUCGGACAGUGUUCUGCUGAGCUUUCCUUGGGUUGUGGCCGAUGUGCUGGGAAGCCUGAAAGCUCGAAAGUAG